AUGUUGAAGAAUAGUUUAGGUGAUAUGUGCAAAUGUUGGGAGGCUACGAAUGGGAACAUCAAGGUGAAAUCGGGCAAUAUUAGAGCUUCAUUUCAGAAGAGUUUUUAUGAAGUUGAGCAUGCGCACACUAGUCCAUUUUAUAGUAAUUUGCGUGGAUCAGUAUCUAGAGAUGCUUUGAAACAUAUUGCUGAAGAGUGGCACAGGGUUGACAUGGUGGAUACAAACACCCAAAUGUGA